AUGGAGAGCAGCCAGGCUCGUGCUGCGACAAUAUCUGUGAGGUGGGUAGGGAUCGACGUGGGAACUGGCAGAAUCCCUGGAGAUGGCGCUACAGGUGGUGGUACCGGAAAUGGAGUAACCGGUACCGCUAGAGCGGGUGCUGGGUACAUUGUAGGCACUGGGGGCGCGGGUGCUGCUGUUGCCGGGUACACGAUAGGUCCAGGUGGCGCUGGUGCCUGGUACGCCGUAGACUCAACCGGAGCAGGUGUCGGGUAUGCCGGUGGUACCCUUGGUGGUAUCGUAAAUACGGUAGGGGUAGGUACAGCGGGUGCAACCGAGGUAGGUACCUCGAAAGGAGCUAUCAGGGUCUGA